CUGAAGCUAGGAUGACAUAGGCCCGAGACUAAUCCGUCAUAGAAUAGACGGUUGUCGAGAAGGUAACGGUUUCUCGGUUAAACUGUUGAUGACCUCUUUUCUUCCCCGUUUGCGGCCUCCUUUUUUUUUUUUACUUUGAAGAUCCGGCCGAAAUAAACAAGCGAUGUUGUUGGUGCUAGGGUGUUACGGGGUGGUUGUGUGGUGGCGAUGAUGGCUUCGGGGUAUCCGUCUGGUCAGUCCAAGACACAAUAGGUGCUCUGCAGAACCUGGUGCAGCUGGGUCCGCGUCCGCCAAUGCCGGAGCAAAAAAAGGUCGACGAAUGACAGAGCGUAUCGGGGAUGCUGUUUGAAACUGGAGGAAUGCUGUUGUUUAUUUGGGAGUAUAUAUUUAUUGGUUGUAGAUAGAAGAGAAGAAUGAAAAAAAAAGUAGAAGAAAACAGAUCCAAUAUGAAGAACCAACGUGCGGGAUGUGGUAUUGAAGAAUCGGAUGGGAAAAGGAAGGUGGGAGGCAAAGCGGUUAAGUUCAAUCUGCACCUUACGCAUCAAGCACCUCAGGUUAAUGGGAGAUCCAGCGUUGACGUUGAUGCUCUGGCGCUGUUACACUCACUGUUCCUGGCGUCGGCAAGCGCUGUCGACAACCCCUGUAGGUACGCCUACGGGGGUGGAGCGUAGGGGGGAGUCUGAACUGGGCUAGCAGCUGGUAGGGUACGGUACAGAAGGGGGAGGAGGGCUGAAGAUGGGCCCGGGAGUGCAAAAUGGCAGGACAAGGCAAGUUCUAGAGAUUUGAAAGGCAACCUUGCCUUACAACGCAACGUAAAAAGAAUGUGGCGGUAGGAAUGACGAUAUCUGCACGCCUCAUUUCUUGUGUUCACAGCUUAUUCCCGUUCUUGAACUAUUCGAAAGUAGUAAUAAGAUGUGACGGAGGGGAACAAGAUACAAGCUGAAGAAGGGAAAAAGAGGUGGGAGCAUGAGCAACAAGACGGGGGGAGUGAGCAUCUGCCGAUGAAGGGGGGUGUGAGGACAUAUACCAGCUACCAAAAGACGAAGCCAAGACGAGCGCAAUAUCAACGUCUUUCUUUUUGUUAAUGAGACUCUCUCUACCUACUAGGCUCUUCUGUCAACUGCCAGACAUUCCAUGCCAUGCCAAGCCAUCGUCACCCGUUCGCUUGCUCAAGAUGGAGCUGCAUAUCCGUCCCUUGUACUGUAGCAUCAGUUUGUUUUCUCUACAACACAGUUAUUGAGGCACAGGGACGGAACGGGUGUGCAGUGGCAUGCCAAAGGAUCCUAUCCUAUUCAUCCAUGGGCUUGCAUGUGCCACCAACAACUGUCAGUUCAAAUCACCCACAGAUUCGUUAGCUCCCUUUGUCAAGAUCAUGAUGGGCUGCAUCUCUCGAAGCAGAAAAAAAAAAGGGUGAUGUGAUAUCUCCUCCACUUGGCUCUUACAUAAAACGCCGUAUUACGCUCAACCUUUCUGAACGCUGAGAAUCGUCUUACAGAGGAGUCCAGCUGCUUACCAUUCCCAACUGUCUCUCAUUUGGCCCUCCGUACAGACAAGAGGAGCAGAACAGGGGGGUGCGGCAUCAAUCUGGCUCUGCGUUCCGCUAUUGUUGUCGACCAGAGAAGGGUCCCGCAAGUCGUUUACAGGGGGUUUACCCCCGCUCCGACGGUGCUCCUGAGAGGUCUUUGACUGCCCUGCCCUACGGACUCUCGUUUGAGAUGGGCUCCAUCAGAAUACCACCUUGCUCUGUAGCCCUGCGCUGCUAUCUCUGCCCUGGAGGGCUGGACUGGGCACUUGGGUGUGGGCGAAGCACAAGCUGUUGGGGGUUGGCCUCCCGCGUGGGAGAGGGGUGUAGGGCAGGGCAGUCAAUGGAGCUUUGUUGGACGCCUUGAGGGCGUUGAUCUAGUAGGGUACCAAAUUCUGGCUGUCGGCCAAUGUACAGUAUCUGACCUUACCUUACCUUACCUCUCUCACCUUUGAGAUGGAGUCAUGAUCCCUUGCUCACCUGCGCAACCCAACCUACCCACUGAAUCGGUAUUGCUAUACGCACAUUUGUCCAUCCAAUCCUGCCUGCUCUUGCCGUUGACGGCCAUGAUCCCAUAUUCAUAGAAACAGCCGUGGGUGGUAGCAUCUGCACGAGAUGCUUCACAUUCACUCAAUCACGCCCUACGACAUUACAGUACAGGACAGGCUUCUUCCCUGCUCCGUUGCCGGCUGGUUUCUUUUUUGCUUCCGCUUCCGCUUCUCUCACCUGCAAUGCUCACUGGUCGCUCAAGUGCAUCCCGUCCGCCUCCCGCAGCUAUUCCUAGCCUCAAACCCACCAACAGCCAGAAAGAAAUCCAUGGAUAUUUCGCCUUGGCCCUAUAAUACACUUUGCCAACGGCAGUUGUGAUUCGAAUAACACCGAGCAGAUUACAGCCGAGCAGGGCAUUCUACGUCUGGGCUUCUCCUCUUUCACUGUACGAAUAUCGUGGCUUGGAAUCGCCUUGCGGUCGUCUUGGCCCUUAAUACGCCGUCAUUCCUCUAUGCCGCCUCGUCAUCAACCUCGUGGCCGCCCGGUUGGGCUUUCCCCUUACCCACGCGCCACGGCCAAGAGCCUGAACCUAUUUGCGUUAAUACGGGUACGGACGGUGCUCGGUCAACGGUCGCGACCUGGAGCGAAACCUUUUAUCUCAUUGUCAUUGGCACAUUCCAGCCUCAAUAGAAAUGCCAAGAACGAUCUGACUUCGAAUAUUGAGGCUCAGCGGUGAGUGGGAGCAUUUCAUUUCUCAUUCCUUGGUCAGCGACCGAUGGCAUGGAAGAUACGGGGUAAAUGACUCGACUACGCUGAUUCAACCCAAGAUCAGCAGUAUCGACAAAAGCCCAAUUUUGAGAACCGCGCGAAAGAGAAUACAGGACGUUUGCAAAUACGGUUUUUCGCCCCAUCUCUCAUGCAACCUGCCAAACACAGGAAAAGCUAGGUACAGCCGCUUGGACAUGAGAUGUCGCUGUGUCAGUCUCACUGGCCGAGCACGCGGUUUCCAACAGACGAAAUGUCAUUUUAAAGCAAACGGGAAUAACAGACCAAUUUGUAGUGGCAUCUUUACUUGCGCAAUUACUGCAAACGUACGUAAAUGUAAACGUACUAUAUCUCUCAGGAUUGCAGGUGAAUUACGAAAUGUUCCCCAUCGAUAAAACCCCGCGGGUAAAGAAGUUUGGAGAUCUUGCCUAACGUGCCAGGAUCAUCCCAAGCGGAUCUCCCUUGAAUGAUAUCUCCCUCAAUAGGGAUCGCCUGACGACAUGCGACAGACGAGCAGAGCACAUGAGAAGAAAGCGGUUAGAUAGACAACAGGCAAUUCUUGCAGCAUGCGUGCGCGUGUGUCCGUCAUUGAUUCUGCUCAUCUGUUUGGUACGUUUACGCAAUUCAAGUUUGUGGCUGCUGUCAAGAUGCUUCCAGCCCUAGCUAGUAAAGUCUAGUCUCAUCCUUCAAUCCCCAUUGACAUCUCAUCAUUUUUAGCGAGCCAGUUCCUCCAUGAUGCUUGGCUCAUUAGGUCCCCUCAUGAAUCUUUACUCCGCCUAAUCAAAUGCCAGAUCCUAAGGCAUUGGUGAAUGGAUCUGAGAACGGCGGCCUCCGCCCACUAGCAUGAAGAAGCAAUUCGGCUGCCUAGACUAUAGUUUCUAGUACAGUAUCCAUCAAGCCAAACAGCUAGUUUCAGCAUCUUGCACACUCAGACUUGCUCGUUCGGGAUCCCACGACCCAGAGAGAAAAAGCUGAGCCAACACGGACGGACGUGGUGGGAAUUCCUUGGUCGUGUCCCCCCACUUAGACGUCCGUGUUAGUCGUCGUGGCCUGGUCCCUGCACCCGGCCAAGGGAGCGGAUAGCGAAAGCAUCGCGCAUCGACGGUUCGAUACGACCUUCUGAUGAACCCAUUCUGGCUUGGUUCCUCCUGAUAACUGAUCCUCUCACCGUGAGGAGCGAAUCCAAUCCGUCGGGUGCACGACAUUCCAGAAGAGGCAGGCAGUUUGGCUGUGACCCUCUCAAGGCAUCAACCAACUGCUGCUGCUGCUGCUGCUGCUGCUGUCCAAGGCAUUGUUUGUCCAAGGUAAGGGUCUGCAUGUACAUGGUGUUGAGGAUGGAGUAGUGGUCCUGUCCUUGGAGCAGGACCGAUUCUUGUUUACGAUCAACGUGUUACGAAGCUACAGGUUCAAUCUGGUGAUGGUAGCUGGGUUACCUCGUUUGGAAUACAACAAGUUUCGCAACCUCAGCUACACCAAGUUAAUGAGGAUUACAAGAUGAUUACCAACCCGGCACAUGAAGAUCGUCCCUGUCGAGAGUUCAAGCCUUCAAGGGACAAUGGAUGGAUGACUGGAAAUUGGCGGUAAAAAUAUCCCUAACUUCCAUUGCGACGCAAGCUGCGUUCUGUCGUGUUGCACUGAGUCGUGGACUUCCAGGUCCAGGUCUCUUUGGUCUCCAUCAGAGAGGAUGGCAUAGGAGAAUUAAGUUUUGACCAAGUGGGGAGAGGGAGAGUACCCGCGUACCCUCGUGGCUUGUUCGUACACGCGCCACACUCUUUCGGACCUCGGCCGGGGGUGACUUGGUUGGCGGCGCCUACGGCAGGGCAGGUUAGCGGCUUUUUUUGGCUCUCAGCCCUACCAUGGGAUUGCAGUCUUGGCAUCUGUUGAAUUGCCUGUCCAGUGUUAGGGCUGUCUUGGUGGUGUGAUGAGAUUUGUACUGCCAAGAUGUGUACUGGACAGUUAACACGUCUCAACAACAGGAGGCAAAAAUGAUAUUCGAUUGUAUUCUCUCUCUUGUCAUUACAGUCGAGGAUGAAGCAACGUUACAAUCCAUUGUUAGCGACGGACAAUAAAAUAGCAAAUACUUACAUGCAUCUGCCGAACGUGGAGAAAAGCUCGGUUAAUCUCAAUCCAAAUCAGGCUGUGAUCUACUUGAAAGCCAAGUAGACGGUGGUAGUUCCAAGACCGCCAAAGCCACAUUCAAAGACAAAGGAAAUGAGAAAUUGACCGCAGUGCAGUAUCAAGGUCAAGCCAUAGUUGCAAUAGUCAUAGGGCUCUCGGUAAACUUGAAGGCCCCGAUGGAGGGCGUGAAAGGCAAAAGUCAUCCAACGCCUUGGCUGCAAAGCUACCGAACUUACCGGCCUGUGCCACACCUUCACCACUUCACUGUAGCUCUCUUUCUCUCAUUAGAAGGUCUGAUGCCCGGGACAGGCAUUCGGCAGUUCUGUACCUGCUUCUUUCGUGCUUCCAUGCUUCCACAUCCUGCCACUCAUCUCCGUUUCGCCCCAAACCUUCACCUGAGCCUCAGCGUCAUCACCUUUCGUCAUCCUACUCAGCCAUUCUUGGGGGGGAAUACGUGUAUGUGUGUACACGCUCUUUUCGUCUCCCGGCAGCGGCAAAACUCCCACUAUCCGGCACACGCUCAGCGACCAUUGACUUUUUGGACGCGGGACGUUCUCUGCUAACGUUUAGCUCUCCAUUCCCUCGGACCCUUUUAGGCUAUUACGAAUAGGGUAGUCAGUUCGCCGGAUUCACACGCCUUUGCAGGCUCACUCCCCGGCCGUCAAUUUUCGGUGGAUUAAACACUGACGCGCGGAGGCCAGGCGAAACCUAACAGCCAUGCCUUUGCACGGUUGAUACCUUAUCCUCUAGGUUCCUGCAGCAUAAGAGUACAGUAGAGUUGUCGGUUGCAAAGUACGCGAUUAUUAAUGGUGGAGAUUCUCUACUGUAAUGGUUCGUUUUAGACUUUGCAGGCUUAUAGCCAUGCCUGUUUGUUUUCGCACAUUAUUGCCAUGAAUGGAGGGUUUUUCGCUAUCGAAGGGCCCGCCAUCGUCUCGUGAAUCGAAAUUACCAAUAGACAGGCCUCCCGAAUCUGAGACUAGCACUGCACCAUUGACCUUUAGCAUGAUGUUGAGACCCUGAAGCGCCAAUGACGACCUCGUUCAGCCCUGUGCCGCCCGGGUCUAGGUCACGAGCUGGCCCUGACGUUGCAGUCACGCACUGCCGUUUUGACGCUCUGCUGCCGUUUCGGAUGGGCCAGGCGCAGAAAGAAAGGAAGAAUACGACCCUGUUUCAGUGGGCUAUUCGUAUCAUGAGCCAAGGACGUGUGCGCGAUCGCCCUAUCGAACAACACCAAAAGGCCUGAGCCAAGCAAAAUCUGGGUACGCCGCCAACUGCCGAGCGGUAAGUCCCUGCGCGGUGUCAGCACCUUGAUUUCAGAAAGUGGGCACGAGGGGCCCUGUUGAUGUUGCACCGACGUUGGGGUUUCAGGAAUGGAUGGAUGGAUGGAUGGAUAUUUUUCCAAGAUUGACGCCCUGAGCUACUGCCGGUGGGAGAAAGGAUUGGUCUUGUCUUGGUUGUUUUACGGACAAUUGGUAGAGAAUUGAUACUGACAACUCUGAUGACGACUCAACGAGGCGCAGCAACACCUUAUUUCACACCCG